GGAAUUAGCCGGAAUGACAUCAGUUUCCCAGCCCCCUAGCAGCACUUUGCUUAUUGGUGCAGCGGCCCCUCCAGGACAAUAACAUUGUUCUUACCCGGCGCUGCUUGCCGAUGUGCCUAUAAAAACACCAUCGAGUCGCCAAAAGGUGCUUAUUAUUAUUGUGAUCUGUGACAACCACCAGCGGCGCUGGAGCGGGUCCGUCCUGCCAAAGGGAUCACUCUGCAAACAGCAGCCUGGUGCGCGGCGCUCUCCCCUCGCCGGGGACAUGGACUCCGACGCUAGCCUGGUAUCCAGCAGACCUUCCUCCCCGGAGCCCGAUGACCUCUUCCUCUCUGCCAGGAAUAAAGGCAGCAGCGGGGGCUUCUCGGGGGGCACAGUGUCCAGCUCCACCCAGAGCGACUCCCCUCCGGAGCUGAGCGCCGAGCUGCGCAGCGCCAUGAGCGCGGCCGGGGUGGUGGUGGUGGACAAGCUGGCUUUCAAGUCUUCUUCCUCCUCUUCGUCGUCCUCCUCUUCCUCCUCCUCCAAGAAGGACAAGAAGCAGAUGACGGAGCCCGAGCUGCAGCAGCUGCGGCUGAAGAUCAACAGCCGGGAGCGCAAGCGGAUGCACGACCUGAACAUCGCCAUGGACGGGCUGCGGGAGGUGAUGCCCUACGCGCACGGGCCCUCGGUGCGGAAGCUCUCCAAGAUCGCCACGCUGCUGCUGGCGCGCAACUACAUCCUCAUGCUCACCAACUCGCUGGAGGAGAUGAAGCGCCUGGUCAGCGAGAUCUACGGCGGCCAUCACGCCGGCUUCCACCCUUCCGCCUGCCCGGGGGGCAUGGCCGCCCACUCCGCCCCGCUCCCGGGGCACCCCGGGCAUCCCGCCGCCCACCCCGUGCACCACCCCAUCCUGCCCCCCGCUGCCGUCUCCAGCGCCUCCUUGCCCGGAUCCGGCCUCUCCGCAGUCAGCUCCAUCCGACCCCCGCAUGGGCUCCUCAAGUCGCCUUCGGCCGCCGCCGCCUCGGCCCCGCUGGGCAGCAGCUUCCAGCACUGGGGAGGGAUGCCCUGCCCGUGCAGUAUGUGCCAGGUGCCCGCUCCGCCUCACCACCACGUCUCCAGCAUGAGCACAGCCAGCCUGCCCAGAUUAACCACCGACACCAAAUGAAGCCCCGCGGGGCCCGCCGCCACUGGGGCAAGGGAGGGGGAGAGAAUCUGCCGAAACAAGGUGGGGAACGGGGAGAGAGACUCCAGCUUCAAGCCCCGAGGAAACGCGGGCACAUUUUUGGGGACACAGACUCUAUGGGGGGCCUCCCUUAAGAGCACAGACACAUACAAGGACUUACAAGGACAUACCGGUCUCAGCCACGUUUUUUAAACACACCCUCCCCACCGCCACCCCUCACUACAGGUUGGUCUCAAGGCCACC